CUUCUUCUUCGUGGAGUAGAAGUUUGAAAAAAAGAUGGAGGAACUAAAAAAAGUUGUCCUUUAACUUCCAGAGUCAUUAAUUAAUUGUGAAUUAUUUAGUUUGUUCAUUAUUAGUUACACCAUUGUGUAACAGCAUAAAGUAUGUUAAACUUUUGCUAUAACACAUCACCAGCGGAGAGGAAGAGGAGGAGGAGGAGGAGGAGGAAGGAGAGGUUGGGUCAGGUGGAAACGGGGACCUCUAUGGAUAUCAUCUUCAACCUCCACCGGCUCGCAUCCUCAGCACCGACAGCAUCUCCCGGCCGGCGGUCACCGCUGCAGGCUCACAGCGCCCCUUUUCUGCGCUAAAGCGUUGUAUUUCCACGGUACAGACUCCCCGGGCUGCUUCUGUAAUUACCCAGACACACCGCUUCCUCCUGUAAUAAGGACUAAUCGAGGGAAGACCCUGCCGGAAUAAAAGCGGAGCGCUAGUCUCCUCCAUUGAUAAACUACUCUCCUCAUCGGUUCAAUCCCAACGACGUCUUGCUAUAAGAGGAGGACAAAAACCAAUCCAAAAAAAAACUAACACUGAAGCUGAAGAUCAGUGAGAAACAUCGCACGGCAAGAACAAACUUCACCACAGCUCUGAUAAAAGACAGCAAAGCAGAAAACAGACAGAGUGAGAUGAAUAGUGAGAACAAGAACACAGAAGCGGAGCAGAAACUUUGAACGACAGUAUACUCCAUCAUACCAGGUGCUAUUUGGCAGGGCGUCGGGCGCGAUGGCUAAUGCCUCCCCAGACCUGGACAACGUGGAAGCCCAGCGCCAGCUUAACAACAACAACCGACCAAUCAGCUCUGGGUUCUGGGAGACGGAGUGUACCAGCUCCAAGCUGUUCGAGUGCUCCCGCAUCAAGGCCCUGGCAGACGAACGAGAUGCGGUGCAGAAGAAGACUUUUACCAAAUGGGUUAACUCUCAUUUGGCCCGAGUGUCCUGUCGCAUAUCUGACCUCUACAACGACCUGAGGGAUGGAUACAUGCUCACCAGACUGCUGGAGGUCCUCAGUGGAGAGCUGCUGCCGAGGCCUACACGGGGUCGGAUGCGGAUCCAUUGCCUCGAGAAUGUCGACAAAGCCCUCCAGUUCCUCAAAGAACAGAGGGUCCAUCUGGAAAAUGUCGGUUCCCAUGACAUCGUCGAUGGAAACCACCGCCUCACUCUGGGCCUCAUGUGGACCAUCAUCCUACGCUUCCAGAUCCAGGUGAUCAAGAUAGAGACAGAGGACAACAGAGAAACCCGCUCUGCCAAGGAUGCGCUGCUGCUCUGGUGCCAGAUGAAGACUGCAGGGUACCCUGAGGUCAACAUCCAGAACUUUACCACCUGCUGGAGAGACGGCCUCGCCUUCAACGCGCUCAUACACAGACACAGACCCGACCUGAUAGAGUUCCACAAGCUGACGAGAUCCAACGCAACCCACAACCUCCAGCAAGCCUUCAACAUCGCUGAGCAGCACCUGGGCCUCACCAAACUCCUGGACCCUGAGGAUGUGAACACAGAGAACCCAGAUGAAAAGUCCAUCAUCACCUAUGUGGUCUCCUACUACCACUACUUCUCCAAGAUGAAAGCUCUUAUUGUGGAGGGCAAGAGGGUUGGCAAGGUAUUAGACAACUGUAUUGAGGCUGAGAAAAUCAUCAACCGCUAUGAAGCUCUGGCGUCAGACCUGCUGGACUGGAUAGAGAAGACCAUCGCAGUCAUCAGCAACCAGAAGUUCGCCAACUCGCUGGCUGGAGUUCAGCAGCAGCUACAAGCCUUCACAACAUACUGCACCAUAGAGAAGCCCAUCAAGUUCCAGGAGAAGGGGAAUCUUGAAGUCCUUCUCUUCACUAUCCAAAGCAAACUGAGAGCCAACAACCAGAAACCCUAUGUGCCUCAUGACGGGAAGCUCAUCUCAGACAUCAACAAGGCCUGGGAGAGGCUGGAGAAGGCGGAGCAUGAGAGGGGUGUGGCUCUGCGCAAGGAGCUGAUUCGUCAGGAGAAGCUGGAGCUGCUGGCUCAGCGCUUCGACCACAAAACCACCAUGAGACAAGCCUGGCUCAACGAGAACCAGAGACUCGUAUCACAGGACAAUUUUGGCUACGACCUGCCAGCAGUCGAGGCAGCAAUGAAGAAACACGAGGCCAUCGAGGCAGACAUAGCCUCGUACGAAGAGCGAAUCGGCGUUGUGGUGGAACUCGCCGCAGAGAUGGAGAUAGAAGGAUACUAUGACAUCCGGCGUAUCUUGGCGCGUAAGGAGAACAUCCUGGGGCAGUGGGGUCUGCUGAAAGAGCUGGUGGCCGGGAGAAGGACCCGGCUUGAGAAGAACCUGGCCCUGCAGAAGACCUUUCAGGACAUGGUCUAUAUGAUCGACUGGAUGGAGGACACACAGGUCCAGCUGCUGUCGAAGGACUUUGGGAAGCAUCUGUUGGAGGUGGAUGACUUGCUGCAGAAACACAGCCUGCAGGAAGCCGAUAUUGGCGUGCAAGCUGAGAGGGUCGAGACCCUCAACACUGCUGCACUCAAAUUCACCACCAUAGAGGGUUACCAACCAUGUGACCCACAGGUGAUCUGUAACCGUGUCAACCACGUCUCUUCCUGUCUGGAGGAGCUGAAACAACUGGCAGCUAAAAGACGCGCUGAGCUGGAGGAGUCGAGACAACUGUGGGCCUUCUUUCAGGAGCUGGAGGAGUCGGAGGCCUGGAUCAGAGAGAAGAGCUCCAUCCUGGGAGCUCAGGGCUAUGGGAAGGACCUGAGCAGUGUGCUGGGGUUAUUACAAAAACACAAGACUCUGGCUGGAGAACUGCUGGCUCAUCGGUCACUGCUGCAGAACACCAUGAAGCGUGGAAAGCAGAUCCUGAGCGAGAAGAGCUUCGGCACAGCGGGGAUCCAGGAGCGCAUCAUGGAUGUGAAAGGCGAGUGGAAGAGGCUGGAGGACCAGGCGGCGCAGCGUCUCGGUCACCUGCAGGAGGCGCUCAACUUUUUUCAGUUCUCCACGGAGACGGACGACCUGGUGGCCUGGCUGCAAGACGCUUACCGCCUGGUCUCCAGUGAAGAUUUCGGACAUGACGAGUACUCCACUCAGUCCCUGCUGAAGAAACACAGAGGGGUCAGCGAGGCCAUCGACAAACAUCGUCUGCAUGUGGUGACACUGCGCAAACACAUGGUGGCGCUUCCUCUGCAGUACCGUGAACAGGAAGAGGUGCAGGUGCGUAUGGGAGAAGUGGAGCAGCUGUAUACCGAGGUAGCUGAGGUAGCGGUUCUCAGGCAGCAGUGGCUUCACGAUGCCCUUGCCGUCUACCGCAUGUUCAGCGAGGUCAACGCCUGCGAGCUGUGGAUUGAUGAGAAGGAGCAGUGGCUGGACAAGAUGGAGAUCCCUGAGAGACUGGAGGAUGUGGAGGUGGUGGCACACAGGUUUGAGUCCCUGGACCAGGAGAUGAACAGCCUGAUGGGAAGGAUCCUAGAUGUUAACCAGAUAGUCCAGCAGCUCCUGGACGGAGGUCAUCCAUCCUCUACAGAGGUCAGAGGUUGUCAGGAUCACCUCAACUCCAGGUGGAACAGCAUCGUGGAGUUGGUUGAGCAGAAGAAGGACCAGCUGGACUCGAUGUUACGUCUGCAGAACUACCUGCUGGAAUGUGCCGAGAUCAAGUCCCAGAUCCAGGACAAGAGAAAAGCCAUCGACGCCACUCAGUACGUGGGCAGUGACCUGGGAGGAGUCCUGGCUCUGCAGAGACGUCUCUCCACCAUGGAGGGAGCGCUGUCUGUCCUUGAGCCUAAACUGCUGCAUCUGCAGGAGGAGGCGGAGCACCUGGCCACCGCCCACCCGGCUCGAGCCAUGGAGGUUCUGGUGCCGUUUGAUGGCAUCAGCGUGGAGUGGGAGGAGCUGAAACGGACCCUGCAGGGCUGUGAGGACUCGCUGAUGGUGGCUAGCAGGCUGCAGAGCUUCAUACAGGACCUGGACUCAUUCCUCACCUGGUUGGUCCAGACGCAGACAUCUGCUGCCUCAGACCAGUUGCCCAACGACCUGGAGGAGGCCGAGAAACUCAUCAACAAACACGCUGCCCUCAAGGAGGAGAUCGGACGGUACGAAGAGGACUACGAGCGUCUGCAGGCCAUGAACGAGCUCCUGGAGUCUGAGGAGGCUCCUCUCCCUCAGGCCGCCCUGCAACAGUGGCUCCAGAAGCUCGACGUCGGCUGGAACAAACUGCUGGAGAUGUGGGAGAGCAGGAGAGAAGUUCUGGUCCAGGCUCACAUCUUCCAUCUGUUCCUGCGAGACGUCAAACAGGCUGAGUCCUUCCUCAACAACCAGGAGUCGGCCCUCGCUCACGUGGAGCUGCCCACCACGGUGGAGACGGUCGAAGCCGCCAUAAAGAAGCACAAGGACUUCACCACCACCAUGGAGCUGAACCUGCACAGGAUCAAAGCUGUGAUCGAGGCUGGAGAGAGUCUGAUCAGCCAGAGCAACAUCUACUCCGAACGCAUCAAGGAACGCAUCGACACCCUCGCCAGCAGGGGAAACCAGAACAGAGAGCUGGCCCAGCAGUGGUUGGAAAAACUGAAUGACCAGUGGGAACUUCAGAGGUUUCUCCAGGACUGUCAUGAGCUUGGGGACUGGGUGUGUGAGAAGAUGCUGAUGGCGAGGGACAGCAGCCGAGACGAGACCCAGAAGCUUCAUAAGAAAUGGCUGAAGCACCAGGCUUUCAUGGCUGAACUGGCACAGAACAAGGAAUGGCUGGAUAAGAUUGAGAAGGAGGGCCAGCAACUGAUCCAGGAGAAGCCCGAGCUCAGCCCGGUGGUCCGGAGGAAGCUGGAGGAGAUCAGGGAGUGCUGGCAGGAUCUGGAGAGCACCACUCAGGCCAAAGCCCGCCAGCUCUUCGAGGCCAACAGGGCCGACCUGCUGGUACAGAGCUACGAAAGCCUGGACCAGAGACUGGGCCAGCUGGAGGGUCAACUGGCCUACGUAGACCAGGGACAGGACCUCACCAGCGUCAACAGGCAGCUCAAAAAACUACAGACCAUGGAGUGUCAGAUGGAGGAGUGGUACAAAGAGGUGGGGCAGCUCCAGGUGCAAGCGGCCUCGAUACCACAGCAGACGCAGGUCAAGGAGACGGUUGCUGAGCAACAGGCGGCCGUGGAGGCCAGGAUGGUGCGUCUGAUCGAGCCGCUGAAAGAGAGACGACGCAUCCUGCUGGCGUCCAAGGAAGUUCACCAAGUCGGACGAGACCUGGAGGAUGAGAUUUUGUGGGUCCAGGAGCGCCUCCCGAUGGCCAUGAGUCAGGAGCACGGCUCCUCUCUGCAGGCCGUCCAGCAGCUCAUGAAGAAGAACCAGACACUUCAGAGGGAGCUACAGGGCCACAGGAGCAGGAUCGAGGACGUCCUGGAGAGGGCGGGGAUCAUAACCUCCAUACGCAGCCCUGAAGCCGACUGCGUCAGGGCGGGUCACGACCAGCUGGCCCAGUUGUGGGCUCUGCUCUGGGCUGAGACCGAGAGAAGGCAGCUGAUCCUGGACGCCAUGUACCAGGCCCAGCAGUACUACUUCGACACAGCUGAGGUGGAGGCCUGGCUGAGCGAGCAGGAGCUGCACAUGAUGAACGAGGAGAAGGGGAAGGAUGAGCCGAGCACAUUGCAGCUGCUGAAGAAACACUUGGUCCUGGAACAGACCAUCGAGGACUACGCCGAGACCAUCGGCCUGCUGUCACAGCAGUGUCGACAGCUGCUGGAGAUGGGACACCCAGACUGCGAGCAGAUCAGCAAGCGUCAGUCGCAGAUCGACCGUCUGUACGUGUCUCUGAAGGACCUGGUGGAGGAGAGGAAGAGCCGUCUGGAGCAGCAGUACUGGCUCUACCAGCUCAACAGGGAGGUAGACGAGCUGGAGCAGUGGAUCGCUCAGAGGGAGGUGGUCGCCAGCUCGCCCGAACUGGGUCAAGACUAUGAGCAUGUCACUGUCCUGCAGGAGAAAUUCACAGAGUUUGCGUCAGAGACGGGCAGCGUGGGGCAGGAACGAGUGACGGCCGUCAACCAGAUGGUGGAUGAGCUCAUCGAUUACGGCCACGCCGAGGCCGCCACCAUCGCUGAAUGGAAGGACGGGGUGAACGAGGCCUGGGCCGACCUGCUGGAGCUGAUGGAGACCCGGGCGCAGAUGCUCGCCGCCUCACACCAACUACACAAGUUCUUCUCUGACUGCAGAGAGGUUUUGGCCCAGAUUGAGGACAAACAUCGAAGGCUGCCUGAAGUUCAGGAUCGGCAGGGCAGCACCGCCAACACCAGCACCCUGCAGAGACUCCUGCACAGCUUCGAGCAGGACAUACAGCUGCUGGUCACGCAGGUGCGUCAGCUGCAGGAGAGCGCGGCCCAGCUGAGGACGGUGUACGCCGGCGAGAAGGCGGAAACCAUCGCCUGCCACGAGCACGAGGUGAUGCAGUGCUGGAAGGAGCUGCUGACGUCCUGCGAGGAAUGUCGGGUGCAGAUCACCACGGAGACGGACAAGCUGAGGUUCUUCAGCAUGGUCCGAGAUCAGAUCAUGUGGAUGGAUUCGAUCAUCUGUCAGAUAGGAUCAGGAGAGAAACCCAGGGACGUGUCUUCAGUAGAAGUGUUGAUGAACUAUCACCAGAGUCUGAAGAGUGAAGUGGAGGCUCGCAGUCAGAGCACGCUGGAGUGUAUCGAGAUGGGAAAGACUCUGCUGGCUGCUAGAAACCCUGCAGCUGAAGAGAUCAAGGAGAAGCUGGACAAGGUGAUGGCUAAACAACAUGAGCUGUCUGAGAUGUGGGACAGGCACUGGGAAAUGCUACAGCAAUUGUUGGAGGUUCACCAGUUCGCCCAGGACGCGGUGGUGGCAGAGGCGUGGCUGACCGCACAGGAGCCGUUCAUUAACAGCAACGAGCUGGGCGCGAGCGUAGACGAGGUGGAGCAGCUGAUCCGUCGACAUGAAGCUUUCCGCAAAGCCGCUGCCACCUGGGAGGAGCGAUUCAGCUCACUGCGACGACUCACCACGGUAGAAAAGUUGAAAGCCGAGCAAAGUAAACUACCCCCGACCCCCCUACUGGGGCGUAAAGUCUUCCUGGACCCCCAAGAUGCUGCACCCGCUCUAUCCACCCUUCCCCGUCUCCCGCUCUCCCCCGUCAUGAGACAGACCAUCUACGAGCAGAACGAAGCCAGCUCUCCUCCUUCGCCCUCGCCUGCCACCCCGACACCCUCGCCUUCAUCCGUGGCUCGCCGGCUGGGCUCGACGGUCGCUAACUACACUCCCGUGAUGAACGGUUCCAGUUACCGCCACUCCCUGGAGGCGCGGCACGGCAGCGUGGUGGGCGUGGCUGCGGGACUUGGCCAGCCCGCUCCUUCCUCCAUCGCUUCAGUCGCCACAGCGGCCAUGCUCGUCUCAGCCAACCAGGCGCGAGAAAGCACCAGCACGCUGAGAGACCAGGCAGUGAAGGUGAUGACUCACCUACAGACGGGACAGGCGGCAAGGGAACCGGAGGCGAAAUCAUCCCCGUAUCUACGGCAACCCAAAAUCAAACACCUGGAUGACGCGGUGACGCCGCUGCUCGUGGCCAGCCGGCUGGAGAAAGCGAGGGAGAGAGGGAGGGAGAGAGAGAUGAUGAUGGGAGAGAUAGGGACAGAGAAAGCAGAGGUGGCUGUGAUGGCCGAGGUGGUGCUCCAGGAGCCGAGUCGGGAGAGACUACACAGCGAGCCCACCAGAGGGCCUCGGGGGUCCAGGACUGACCCGUUGGGCCAAGCUGAGCCCCAGGUCCAGACCCAUACCCACCACAGGGACCACAGGAUAGAACGGCAGCUGUCCAGCGAGCAGCUGAUCCAGGCGCGCAGGGACGAGCUGCCUCAGGAGGUGUGGAGGGAACAAGCAGAGAGGCGGGAGAGACGGACGUUGGAGAGACAAACGUCCAGCGAGCAGGAGGGCCACGGGAGCCACGACGGCCGGCGGAGAGACAGGGACCGACACCGGCUGGAGAGACAGGAAUCCAGUGAACAUGACACCGGGAAGGAACACUCAGACAGACGCUCGGGAGGAGGAGAGAAGAGAUCCACCUUAGCAGAAAUUGUAGAGCAGCUGCAAGAAAGAGAAGCUGCACAGGCCCGCGGUGAGGUGCCCCGCCUGCCUAACGGGUUACCAGAGAAGUCUUCCCGUCCUGAACGGCCCCGAGCUCGGGACAGGCCCAAACCACGGCGCCGACCGCGCCCCAAAGAGGCAGGAGAGACGACGCGGCGGUCCAGGUCCGCUCCGGCCCAGAGCAGCCCGGCGGUCCCCCAGCCACCAACACACACUGCACAUCACGAGGGCUUCCUUUUCCGCAAGCUUGACAUCGAGAGCCUGAAGAAGAGCACCAAUAGCAGGUCAUGGGUCAACCUGUACUGCGUGCUGAACAAAGGGGAGAUGGGUUUCUACAAGGAUGCCAAGAACACCACCACGCCCUACAACAACGAGCCGCUGCUCAACCUCUCCCACUGCCACUGCGACGUCACCAACGGCUACAAGAAGAAGAAGAACGUCUUCACGCUCAAAACGAAGGACGGCAGCGAGUUUUUGUUUCAUGCAAAAGAUGAGGAGGACCUCAAAACGUGGGUGACCAAAAUCACCGCCAGUAUUUCGGAGCACGAGGAGAUUGCCAAAUGGGGUCAGCCCCAACCAACUACCUCAUCCACUGACGAGGGCACGCGGCGCGACGGCAGCAAGGCGGACAACAGAUCGGAGCGAGGCGGCGAGCGCUCGGACCGGGCCGAGAAGAUCGAGCGCGCGGAGAGAGAAAAGGAGAAAGAACGUGAGAAGGAGAAGGAGAGGGAGAGAGGCGAGAGGUCGGAGAGGUCGGAUCGGGGAGGGAAGUCGGAAGGGAAACGCUCGGAAAAGUCCAGUAAGAAAAAGUGAACCCCGGAUGACGGACCGGUCGGGAUCGAACCGUAAAAAAAUCAUGAACUCCGGGAGGGAGGCGGGGGCCACAGACUGGUAGUAAACGCCCCCCUCCUUCUCUCCGCCUCCAACACUGUCAACAAAGCGGUUGAGUUUGGAUGGAAAGUGAAACACACACACACAAGGAUGGAAGGAUUGACCCCGGGCUGCUCACUCAUAGGACGGACAGGACGGAUUUGGAGCAGAUGUCUUUCUUUCUCUCUCUCUCUCUCUCUCUCUUCUUCACACAGAGUCACUGACGCUCCACCACUUCCUGGUGGCUGUUUCAGAGAACUGCAGAGGGUCGGGGGGAGGAGGGGGGGUUUCAUCCCGCAACAUUAACGCGUGUGAGAGAGAGACGGGACACGCAUCACGUUAAACUCAAAAGGCUGUUACCGAUGGCUGGUAGUGCGAUUAAAAACGUAGCUCAUGCUGUUCCAUGUUUGUUUUUUCUAUGAGAUGAGCUGUAUCUUUAUGUAUUUCUCGUCCGUCUGUCCUAUCUACUGUAUCUUAUCUGUCUGUCCGUAAGUCGAGACAUCCUUACACUAUGUCUUAUUACUCCUCGUAGAUCGAAAGAGAAUGAAAAAAAAAAUUAUGCCAAAAUGUUUUACAGCAGACGAACAAACUUUAGAGAAGCUUUUUUUAGUUCACCGGUUUUUUUGUUCUCUCCACUUCAUCCCCGUCCGUCUCAAGGUCUGAAAAAAAAACAAAAAAAGUGGAUGAAAAUGGUUUUAGUUUGACAGCACCGACCCCCACAUUCAUCCAAACUCACCACGGAUGAAUCGACACCGAUGAACAGCUGAUUCUAGGAAGGAUGAAGAGAAGAGUAGAGUGAUGGACUUUAUAACAAUCAGGAAUAUUUAAAAAAAAAAAAAAAAAUAGAAGAAGAAGAAAUGAAAACAAAUACAUCCAAAGGCUUGAAAUCAUAAUUUUUUUUUUGUUACAUUAAAUGUUGUUCACUAAGAGCAAACAGAGCUGCUUCCCCUCAUUCAUGUAGGAUCACAAGGUGUUUAACCUGUGUGAACCUAAAGACUACAGGACUGAUUCAUAAAGAUAAUAAAGACAGAUGUUGGAUCAGUGGUCAGAUAGAGAAAAACAAUCUGAUGGUACACCUAAUUCAUUAAAAAUAUUGUUUAAUUUGUCAAAUAGAAGCUAAUGUUUACGUUUGGGUGAAAUUGGUUGUAAGCUGCUGGUUUGAGCAUCAGGAUCAAGCUGUUUGGCUGUGGUCAUAAGCACAGAUUCUGCGCCUGGCGUGUUUUUAAUGAAUGCGGCCUCCAGGCGGCAAACAGGCCACAUCUACUCUUCUAUUCUCUUACAACAUCAAAACUACUCGUCAGAUAUUCUCUUUGAUUUAUUCUCACAAAUCUGUUGCAUCCUGUUUUUAUAGAGAAUUUUAAAUAAUCUUCGUUUUGUGUGUGUGUGUGUGUGUGUGUGUGGUGUGAGUGUAUAUGUGUGUGUGUGUGUGUGUGUGUGCUGCUCUCUGCUCCCAGGGUCUCCAUAGCUCUCAGGUUACUUAUGUUAGUGUGUGCUUACCGUGUGCUUUACGUGUUAAUAUGUUUCGUCCCCUCAGACGCCACCUCAGUCUUCCAGACAUGUCCGAUCCACAGAACAGACCUCCACGACGACACACACACACACACACACACACACACAUACAGAGGGGGGGGGAUACAACUCAGCAGGUUUAACAUGUUAUAAUAAACAUGUUAAAGAGUGUAAAAGGUCCAGUUCGACAUCCCAUCAGUGUAGAAAUAGAGAGGAGUGAAUGAAUGAAUGAAUAAGUGAAUGAACUGGCUCCCUGUUGAGAGACGGGAUAUCAGACUGACCAAAUAUUUAGACAAAAAAAAAAAAAGGGGUUUAAACUUGUCUGUUAGUUGUGAGAUUGCAUGUUUUGCUCGGAGAGAAAUCACAUGUCAAAAAGAAGCUCGUCUUUUCAGCAUCCACACGUCAUUUUUUCCGUUUUUUUUUUCCUUUACUGUAAACUCACCACGAAGCCAUAAAUGACAAACUUGGGGGGGAUCAGUCGAAAUAAAACUGGUGGUUCCUGCCCUGAUAGGAGCAUCCAGGUCAGAAAGCAUUUAAAAUCCUUUUAAAAAAACAUUUCAAAUGCUGUUUUAAUAUCACUGCUACUGUAUCUAAAUCUUCAGUUCUGGUUUACAUCUUCCUCUAUAGGAGCAGGAGUCAUUUCAAGCCCAAGAAUCUCUCAGAAUUUGUGUUAUAUUUUCAGAAAUCUAUAUUUGCCAGAGUAGAGUUAAUGUUGAGAUUAUCAGCUGACAGUCUCGUUAUCUUUCCUGGUUUUUAAGUCUUGUUCACCUCAGGAUUUUAAAUUCUCUCCUGACCUGUUGGUCUGAUUUGUGUUUAACAUCAAAACAUGUCUUGAGAACUGUAACUUUCUUUAUCUUAUGUUGUUUUUUUGUUUUGUUUCCAACACAUUUUAUGCAUCUAAUUUAGGUGUGAAUGCCAGAUCAAUGCAAUCAUUUACAUGCAUGUUGGACACAACAAAGAAAGAAAGAAAGAAAAGUCAGAGUGGAAAGAGGUGAAUUAUGAAUGAAUACAGAUCAGUCCUCUGCUGUCAGAUUAGGAAUCGAACAGCCUGCUAAACUGACUCACUGUUGCUGCAGAUACACACAGGACAGAUCAUGCAGGGUGUAGCUAACAGCUAACAUUAAAAACAAUAUAUGUUAUUUAAACCGUUUUACGACGUUGACAGCAGAGACAACCGCAUACGUGAAAGUCAGCAUGGUUCAACAAUCUGUUUUGAGGUGGUAGGCGCCCUGCCUGUCUGUGUGUGUCUGUGCUGUUCUGUUCACAUCAACCUCAGUCUGUCAGCCGAGAUGGAAAGAUGAAUAAAAUACCUUUUGGUCUAUCAUUAA